AAGCUUCUUCUCUGUAAUUUUUUGGUAUGCGACUAUGACAACACAUCUGCACACAAACCUCGACGCAACGUACAAUGCCGCCUCAUGAAGGGCUCGUUCACCAGCAAGAGUAUGACUGGCGAGACUCCAAUGUCGAAUUAAUUAACUCAGACAUUGACCACAAGGUCAAGUAUAAGUCGGCGGUCAACGAGCCAGCAUGGAACAACAGCGUCAUUGGUGACGAAGCAGGCCUAUUCAUCUGGCGCAUCGAAGACUUCGAGGUUGUUUCUUGGCCACGCGAAAAGUACGGCAGUUUUCAUGAGGGCGACUCGUAUAUCAUCCUCUUUACCGAAGAAGUCAAAAGCGAUACAAAAACUCAGCUGAUUCACGACAUUUUCUUCUGGCUUGGACGCGCCACAACACAAGACGAAGCCGGUACCGCGGCCUAUAAGACUGUCGAACUCGACGAAUUCCUCCACGGCGCAGCAACGCAGCAUCGUGAGUUGCAGACCUCACCCUCGGACGCAUUCUCUGCUCUAUUCCCACGUAUGAAAAUUUUGCGUGGAGGUGUACGUUCUGGCUUCAAUCAUGUGGAUUCCAGCAUAGAUCCGCAACACACAGAUACUUUGCUCCGCGUCUUUAAGCACCCUGGAGCCAACACAGGACGCGAUGCUAUCCUCGUGCAUGAGGUCGAACCCACGUGGCAGAGUCUGGACGAAAACGACGUGUUCAUUCUUGACAAAGGUGACAAGAUCUUCGUUUGGCAGGGAAGAAAGUGUUCGCCAAUGGAGAAGCUCAAGGCCGCGCAAGUAGUCAACGACCUGACAAUUGCCAAACAUAGUGAUGUAGAAGUAUUGAGCCAGGAGGAGUCGAGGAGCAAGGUUGUUGUGGACUACCUUGGCGGUCAGCAUCUGGAGUUUGGCACAAGGUUCGAGUGUGCGAGACCGCUAUCACCCGCUACAGAACGGAACGUGAAGAAGCUGUUCAGAAUAAGCGAUGCUAGUGGUCAACUUGCAUUCGAUCUCCUAAAAGAAGGCAACGGGAUUGACAGGGAGGAUUUCGAUGAGAAUGAUGUGUUCUUGCUAGAUGCCGGAAGGAGUAUCUGGGUUUGGGAAGGUAGUGGGGCGAGUCAGAGGGAGAGGGCGAUGUGGCUGAAGACAGCGCAGACGUAUCUUGCUAUGCAACCUGACGCAAAUCAGCUGGCUGUAGCGAAAGUCAAUCAGGGAAGAGAGGGGAAGACUUUCUGGGUUGCUGUGGAAGCAUAGGGUUGUUUUCGAAACAGUGAGUGCUUGGUGUAUAUCAUAAGAUUACGGUCGAAAUGCUCAUAAUGCCAAGUGAUGACGAUGCAAUUCUUUCAUGGAAAGCCUGUUGAUCAUGC